GCCAACACCAUUCGUAUGAUACUGUUUGGAGAGAUGGCUGAUUCAAAGGUGGUGGUUCCAGAGUCUGUGCUAAAGAAGAUCAAGAGGGAAGAGGAAUGGGCAUUGGCCAAGAAACAGGAAGCUGAAGCUGCUAAGAAGAAGAGCGUUGAGACCCGCAAGCUUAUCUUCAAGAGAGCUGAGCAGUAUGCCAAAGAAUACGCCCAGAAGGAUAAUGAGUUGAUCCGUUUGAAGCGAGAGGCUAAGUUGAAAGGAGGGUUCUACGUUGAUCCUGAGGCAAAGCUGCUCUUUAUCAUCCGUAUCCGUGGUAUCAACGCCAUUGACCCCAAAACCAAGAAAAUUCUGCAGCUCCUGCGUUUGAGUCAGAUAUUCAAUGGUGUGUUCCUUAAGGUGAACAAGGCAACAAUUAACAUGUUGCGUCGUGUUGAGCCUUACGUGACUUAUGGAUACCCUAACCUGAAGAGUGUUAGGGAGCUGAUAUACAAGAGGGGUUAUGGGAAGCUGAACCACCAGAGGAUAGCACUUACAGACAACUCUAUAGUAGCUGAAGGUCUAGGAAAGCACGAGAUCAUCUGCGUGGAGGAUCUGAUCCACGAGAUCAUGACCGUUGGACCUCACUUCAAAGAAGCCAACAACUUCCUUUGGCCGUUCCAGUUGAAGGCACCACUCGGUGGACUUAAGAAGAAGAGGAACCACUAUGUUGAAGGUGGUGAUGCUGGAAACAGGGAGAAUUUCAUCAACGAGCUUGUCAGGAGAAUGAAUUGAUUAUGAUGAUAGCUUCCUUCUUUAUCUUUCCCAAUUUCAUAAAGUUUUGGUUGAAUCUCAGUUUUCUUUUUUUUUCUUCCUCAUAUUAGAGACCAAUAUGAUCUUUUUCGGAGAUUAGGCUUUGCUUAGAGACCAAUAUGAUCAAGUCUGAAACAAGCAGUAGGUAUCUCAGCAACCUCAAGAGCAUAGUUCUUUGAUAUC